AUGUCUGUUACUGCUACCCUUUUGGAUCUGAUACCUGCAAGCCUUUCUGCUACCAUGGUUGGUCCUCACUAUUCAUGGCUUGGCCGUCUUCCCAGUGAGAUCUCAGAACACAUAACCAUGGAUCCAACGGCAAUUCUUGAUGCCUCCACUGACUUUGGCAGGCUCAGCCAAGCCCACCCUGCUGCUGUCCUGCUCCCUACCUCCAUUAAUGACAUUGCCAACCUCAUAAGACAUUCCUAUCAGUCUCAACACCCGUUUCCUGUAUCAGCAAAGGGCCAUGCACACUCCACUCAUGGGCAGGCUCAGGCACAGGAUGGCGUGGUCAUUGAAAUGAUGUCACUGAAGGGAUUUUACAACUUUGGGUGCUGUAGUGAUGCAGAAGGGAGCUGGUAUGUGGAUGUUGGCGGUGGCCAGCUGUGGAUAGAGGUGCUUCAUGAAACUAUCAAGGUGGGGCUCUCGCCGAUGUCAUGGACAGACUAUCUGUAUCUCACGGUUGGCGGGACACUCUCCAAUGGCGGAAUCAGCGGGCAAUCCUUCAUCCAUGGCCCUCAAAUCAGCAAUGUUUUGGAAAUGGACAUUGUAACUGGAAAAGGGGAGGUCUUGACAUGCUCAUCCAUGCACAACUCAGACUUAUUCUUUGCAGUUCUUGGUGGACUAGGCCAGUUUGGUAUCAUAACUAGGGCAAGAAUUGCUUUAGAGAAGGCUCCAGACAUGGUGAGGUGGGUGAGGAUGCUGUACUCUAAUUUCUAUGAAUUUACAAAGGACCAAGAGUAUCUUAUUUCUUUGAACGGAAAGGAAGGAUUCAAUUACCUUGAGGGUUUUGUGAAAAUGGCUGAUGAAAAUGGUGGUGGAGAUGGCAUUGGCAGUAGAAACUGGAAACUUCCCCCAUUUGCAUUCCCUGAAAAGGCAGGAGCUAAGAGCACCACACUCUACUGCUUAGAGGUGUGCAAGUACUGUGACAGUUCAAGUCAGGACCAUGUGGAUGAGGAUGUUGAAAGGCUGAUUAGUGAACUGCACUACAUGCCAGGGAUGUUGGCCAUGAAAGAUGUUUCAUAUGUGGAUUUCUUGAACAGGGUGCACCAGGACGAGCUCGAGCUCAGAUCAAAAGGGUUGUGGAAUGUUCCACACCCAUGGCUCUGUGUGUUUGUGCCGAGGUCCAGUAUCAUGGAGUUCCAUGAUGUGGUUUUUAAGGGAAUUCUCAGCCAGAAGAAAACGCCAGGGCCCAUUAUCAUAUACCCCAUGAACAAGAACAAGUGGGAUGAGAAGAUGUCUGCUGCAGUUCCAGCAGAGGAUGUGUUUUACUCGGUCAGUUUGCUCAGGUCUGCAGCGCAUGACUGGGAAGUGCAUGAGGAACAGAACAUGGAAAUACUGAGUGCAUGUGAGAAGAGAAAGAUGGGGUUGAAGGCGUACCUUCCCCAUUACAAAGAAGAGAGGGAGUGGAAGGAACACUUUGGAGAAAGGUGGGACACUUUGCUGGACAGGAAACUGAAGUUUGAUCCUACAGGCAUCUUGGCCACUGGUCAGAAGAUUUUCCGUUUCCCACUUGUAUCAUCAAACUCACCGCAUCAAACAGCUCUCAAAUAG